AUGACUGAUGACAUCAGGAUUCCGGCCGUCCUGAUUGGAAGGAUCACACUCCGUGGCACCCGGCAGCGAAGGUGGACAACAGUCUCUUCUCUCCAGUCCGGUGAUCGCCCAGAUUUCCUGGAAGAGAAGACUUUGAAAGAAAUCAUGGCUGACUAUGAUCCGAGUCUCGAGUCAGACAACAUAAGCCCCAAGCCUAGGACCUCGGGAUCCCUCCUCGAGGCGAGAGUAGUUCAGGGCAACCAAGGAAGAUCAGCCCCCUGUGUGGAUUCCAGCCCCCUGCCCCCAUCCACAGGCCGGAAGAGGAAGAGGGGGUGGUCCAUGGAAGAGGAGGGAGAGGAGGAAGAGGAGGAGACCGCCCCUGGGCCUAAAAACACCUGCGUCGCAGAGACACCGCAUGGCCUGAAAAUGACGCUGAAGAAGCAGCGCCUAUCCUCCGUGCUGCCAGAACACCAUGAGGCCUUCGCCAGGCUGCUCAAGGAUCCAGUCGUGAAGGGGUUCCUUGAGUGGGACAGAAGCCUGAGGCUGUCAGAUAAGUACCUGCUGGCGAUGGUCAUCGCUUACUUCAGCCGAGCCGGCCUCUUCUCCUGGCAGUUCCAGCGAGUUCACUUCUUCCUGGCCCUCUACGUGGCCCUUGACAUGGAAGAGAACUACCACGCCCCUAAACAGGCCAUCUUUUCCUUCCUCUAUGGGGACAACAACUGGGCCCGGCGUCCCUUGUUCCACAAACUGCGAUUUCAGUUCCUUCGUUGCAUGGGCUACAGGGCGUGGGUCACCAAGGAAGAGUGCGAAGAGAUCCAGGCCUUUGACCCCGAGCUGUGGGUGUGGGGACGAGAUCGCACCCUCCUUUCUGAGAUCGUGGAGCCUCAGGUCGCUGAGCCCAGGGGAGAUUCCAGUCCUCAGCAGGAAGUCAACCCAGGUGCUAAUGACAGGCGUGAGGAAGGGAAAGAGGAGUCUCCCGUGCAGAAAAUCUAG